GAGGACUGGCUGAAGGGCACCAGGCAGGGGUGUGGAACAGCCCACUCCGGCGUGGACUGCUACCCCGCGUCAUUCCUACUCAUGUCGUUGUCGUGCGAGGAGCUCGUCACAGUCAUCACAACCCUUCCUCCGAGAUCACUUCGCAUCCUACAUUUCAGCGUUUUUACUGGAUGUUUUUUUUUGUUGUUGUUGCUGCAGGCUGCCUGGCAUCGCCCCCUAGUGUGCAGCCCAAGGAUAGAGAAUGUGAUUCUCACCAAGCCACAGGACCACUUGCAUGCCAGUUGGACUUAAAAAAAAAUCUUCAAGCCUACAAAGAGGAAGGAAUGCACCACCCGAGGGCUGUAUGACCCCACAUCUAAGGAUCUAACUUUCAGAACAUACUGUAAAUCAAAAAAAGAGUUCUUACCGCCAACAUGCAAUCUGCGAUCGGCACGUCCCCCUCAACGAGAAACUUGCUGUGGAUGUUUGGGGAGUACCAGAGCAACGCGGUCAUCAUUGAGCAUUACAACUUCACAGGCAAGCUGAAAGAGAACAAGUACAAGGAAGGACUCAAGCCGGAGACCAUUGUCUUUCUUCUGGUCUGCCUGCUGAUUGUUGUCGAAAACACUGUGGUGCUUGUGGCCAUCUGGAAGAACAAGAAGUUCCAUCUGCCCAUGUACUAUUUAUUGGGCAACCUGACUCUCUCCGACCUGCUGGCAGGCUUCACCUACAUGGUAAACCUCAUGACGUCUGGCGCCAACACGUUAAACAUGACCCCCGUGUUGUGGUUCCUGAGGGAAGGGGGCGUGUUCAUCAUGCUGGCGGCGUCCGUCAUCAGUCUCCUGGCCAUCGCCAUCGAGCGCCAUGUUACCAUGGUGAGGAUGAAGCCCUACCAGGGUGACAAGCAAGGCCGAAUGUUCGCUCUGAUCGGAGCGAGCUGGGUGCUGUCUGUGUUCCUGGGGGUCCUGCCGGUCCUGGGUUGGAACUGCAUGGGCCGGCUGAAACACUGCUCCACCGUGCUGCCGCUCUAUGCCAAGAGCUACAUCCUCUUCUGCGUCACCAUCUUCAGCGCCAUCCUCAUGUCCAUUGUGGUGCUGUAUGUCCGCAUCUUCCGCAUCGUCAAGUCCAACACCCAGCGCCUGGGAUCGGGUCCACAGAGGAAAGGCCUGUACCGAAAGUCGCAAAAGUACAUGGCUCUGCUGAAGACCGUCACCAUCGUGCUGGGAGUCUUCAUCGCAUGCUGGUUGCCGCUCUUCAUCCUCCUGUUGCUCGACUUCUUCUGCCCAACCAAAAGCUGCGAUGUGCUCUUCAAGGCUGACUAUUUCCUGGGCAUCGCCAUGUUCAACUCCCUCCUUAAUCCCAUCAUCUACACCCUGACCAGCAAGGACAUGCGGAGAGCCAUCCUCAGGCUGCUUUGCAGUCGCUGCCUUUUAACCAAAGAUGGACAGGUGAAGAAGAUCGGGAUGCCCUUCCUGGAGUGCAGCACCAGUAAGACCGACGCUGCCUCUCACAGACUGGAGGGACUGGAGACCACAGUGUCUUCCGGAAAUUUUACACCUUCGACGAUAAAAGCUAUUUUCCCCAAAAUGUCCAAGACUUGAUACCGACUUUGAACGAGAGCAGAAGCACGAGGAGAAACGUGACCACUGAUGUAGACGGGAUGCAUGUCUCAAAACCGAAGCACGCGGGUUUGAGUGGGACAAACAUGUAUGACAGGAGUAGCGGGAAGGAUAGAGACUUUCUGGUAUUGCUCAUCUUUGAAUGUGAUGGACGUUGGUCAGAUUCUAUUCACAGCAUUACAACAGUCUGUUUUCCACGAGGUUGUCACAACAGCAUGGUUUGGAACGGCAAACCCUCAUAUGGCUUGUGUUCCCGCCGCGCCGUGUGAGUUGUGGAAAGCGUGUGAUGUCACAUGUCAUGCGAUAUCAGCUUGCACGUGAUAGCGCAAAACACUGCAGUCUGCCAUUGAAUUAAUAUCUCAAACAAUGGAUGAUGUCUUGUGAAAAAGCAGAAGCCCUUUACGGCACAGUGACGAUCACGUGUCAUCAUUUUGGUACACUACCAAUUUGCACAAUUGGCCUUGCCGCAUUAGCAAAAAGUGAGUCAGAACCUGCCAAUCAAACCAAAUAUGUUUAGAGCUACAAAUGAACUUCCUUCUGUUGCUUCUUUUUUUAAAUGUCACAAACAAGAUGGAGCCGCCUGUGAGUGCUUUCUUGUCGCUGGAUUUGUUGCUUUGUCGCUUUUUGUUGUUUUUUUUUUUAAAGUCUGUCUAGAGCAGGUGUGUCCAGAGUGUGGCCCGGGGGCCAUUUGUAGCGUGUGGCUAUUUUUUUAUUGGCCCACGGCACAUUCUAAAAAUAGAAUUGAACCAAAAAACAGCCAAAAAUGGGAAAAAUUAGCAAAGUUCAUACUGAUAAUACGCUUUUUCACCUACAUCAAUCACCAAGCUGAGAUGCAGUUGUUAGCCCAUCUACGUGUUGGUUUACAAAAUAUCAAAGUGACCCUUGCAAAAAAUUUGGACACUCCUGCUCUCUGAUUACUCCCGAAAUAUAAUUUGGCAACGCUGAUCUCUCCCGCUACGUCUUCUUAUUCUCUGGCUGACAAGGUGCAUUAUUAUGUGUUUAAAAUUAGCAAAUCUAUUUGUGCAUGGGAAACCCUGACAUCUGCUAUUGACGUCCCAACAGAGACAGACUUAUUUUUACACGCAACGGAAACGCAAUAAAAUCGUGCAUCAUACUUUACAAAACAUAACAAAAGGUCCUUCAGCCUCCACAAGCUUUCUGGAGAAAUGCCACCACUUUAUUUCACCACUGUUUACUUUUGCACAAAAUCCGAAAUGUAAGAAAUCAAUUUUUGUGCAGAUGUUUCACAUAAAUUACAGCCUAUUAUGCUGCCCAUCCAAAAGACCGUAACCAAAACCCAGAGUACGAGAUUUGUCCCUAUCUCCUCUCCAUGUGUAGCAGAUAAUCAUAUGUUGUUACAAACAUCCACGCCCAAACUUUGCAGCCGAAAACCAUGUAAUUUCUGCCAGCUGAGUUUUGGUCAGGGUAGAGCCCACCCCACGCCCCAACCAACAUCUGCAACCCGGCCGCCCGGAGACGCACUGAAGACGUCAUAUGGUUCUCUUGGUUGCUUUUUAACGUAUGGCGAUGGAUGAUGCACGGCUGAACGGGAUUAAGCUGAUGAUGGUGGUUUGUUUAAAGGAUUCGCAAAGCCCGACAGUAUCAUGUAGCGUGAGAGCCUUGGGAACUUUGUUAGUCCUCGUGCUUUGGAUGCAGUUGUUCUUAAUGUUGUCCUACACAACAGCAAUCUGCAGGCCGCACUGUCAACCUUCACAUGCAUUUCAUUGUAGCAAGAGAACAAAAAAAAAAAAACAAAAUGGGAAUUUUGUUGACUAUGUAUAUAAGUGUAAAGAGAAAACAUCUAUUUCGUGAUUUGUACUGGUUUUUUGUGUAAAUAUGUAUCCUCUGGUGAGAUGAAGUGUAUUUUUUAUUAUAAAAAUCUUAAAUUAUGUCAUUUUUACAUGUGCACUGAAUAAACAAUGUUUAUAUUGAUACUUGUUCUCCACAGAGAAUGAUUU